CUAAACCGUCAGUUUGUUGAUGGUUACCGCACCGGUUGCAUCGUGAAAAGUUGUUGUGGUUGGUCUCUGUCAACCAAUUACUCGGCGUGAUUCCAUUAUUUUCCCAUCGGAACAGUUAAAAUCGGUGGGAAUCCUCUUAAAUGAUUCUGUAUGUGUGUGUGUGUAGGUGAUCUCAGGCAGACGAAGUAACAAAAUGUAUACCAACUUCAAUUUUCUGAUUACAGGUCUUGGUCUGAACUGAAUUAUUGACGAGCGAAUAUAAAUUUUGUGAUAAUAAUGUUGUGCUUUUCGAAUGGUGUACGGGUAAAAACGGCUUAAUUAUACACCGUUAUCAAGGGUGUUUCCGGUAACUCUUGUGAUUAAUGGUCAGUGCCGCCGCUAAAGCGAAAGCCAGCGAAAGUUGAAGCUACCAUCAUCGGUAAUGUAAUGUGAAUUUAAUUACGUGUUAACAGUGUACAAGUAAAAUGAGUGUUCUAAGAGGUGCAUAAAUCAAAAGAAUUAAAUCUUAAAAAUGAUUCUGUUAUAUUUGGUCUUAAGGAUACACAAAGCAGAAAAGGGAUAAUGAAUGAAUAAAUGAAUAAGGAGACAGAGUUAAUCUAUAGAUCCCACUAUAUGUACAUCCAACAAUUAGUCAUCUAAUCAAAGACAAUCGUUUCAAGUCAGGACCUGUGCCGUGUUUCUAUAGAAAACUUCUGGAUUUAUACGUACGGGUAUAUGCUUUGUCUAUACGGGACCACCCAGUGAAUGUGGUGGUGACAAUCGCAAACAAAUGAAAUUGAAUCUUUUACUGUUUCUGUUCGGUUUAUUCCCUUGCUUUUUGUUGAAACAAGAGUCCUUGCUGGAUUCAUAGUGUUUUCGUUUUAUUUGUAUUUUUUGUUUACAUUUUGUGAGUGUUUUUAUUUGUGUGCUCCUAUUUUACUGGCGCAACGAGCAAACGAUAUCUAAAUGAGUGAACGACACUCGUCGAAUCUAAAAUGUCGGACGUUGAACAGAUUUCCGGCAAAAAUGAAAUCAAAAUCGCGACCGGCCCUAACAAAACAUCGGUGAAGCUUCAUUCGUUGCCAAUACAGUACCACCAUCAUCCACACCCACACCAACAUCCACACCAUCAACAUCAGAAUCAUCUAAAGCCGAAUCCGCAACAGCAACAACAGCAGCAAUAUCGUGUGAAAAAUCAACACCAGCAACUCUCGUCGACUUUGACGAUAGAAGAAGGAACCGGAUCUGUCGACCAAACCGAAAUAGGACACUCACCAAAUCGGAGACUCGGUUGCUUUAGUAACGUGCUGAAGGUGUUGUUUUCGACACCUGGUUUAGUGGUUCUCGUUGUUGUUUAUUCAGUGAUGGGUGCGUUAAUUUUCCCACUGCUCGAGGCGCCACAGGAUAUUAGGAAAAAUGUGGCCAUCGCAAAGAGUCGAGAGGAUUGUUUGAAAGAGCUCUGGAUAAUAACAGAAAAGUUAAAUGUUCUGUACGAACAAAAUUGGACUAUGUUGGUGCACGAACAGCUGCGACGUUUCGAGGGAUCAAUUGUGGCAGCAACACGAAAUGGUGGAGUCGUUGGAGGAUUUGCUUCAGCGUCGACAGCGGUGGUGACUACGACCGGAUUUGAAUCGGACAAAGGACGAUGGUCUUUCAGUGAAGCCCUUCUUUAUUCUGUGACUGUGAUAACAACAAUAGGCCAUGGUAACCUGACACCGAAAUCUUCCGCCGGAAAAAUCGCCACCAUCCUGUAUGCCUUAAUUGGAGUUCCUUUGAUGUUGAUGUGUUUAUCGAGUCUUGGCGGCCUGUUAGCUGAGGCCUUGCAAUGUACAUACACAAGGAUAUGUUGCCGUUUGCAAAAAGUCCAACAACAGCAUAAACAACAACAACAAAAGAAUCGAGGAACAGCAGCCGAUGAAUUAAGGAGAAAAAGUUCUGAUUCUAUGGGCUCCAGUUCCUGUCAUGGACAAUCGCAUGAGAUGGAUUGUAAAUCUUGUAAAUAUGACCCAGUGAUUGAAGAGACAAGUCUUCAAAAUAGUUAUAAAUAUACAACUUCAGCUGAAAGAGAAGAUUCAUGUCAGCUCCUGCACAGUUCGCCAACUCCCAACAGCUCACCGUGCAUUCAAUUGAAAUCACACCCAAUGCCUCCACCCAACCUCAAGCAAUAUCAUCAGCAACAUCUGGCCAUGGCUCAGCAACAGCAACAGCACCAACAGCAGCUGCAUCAUCAGAUGACGCCAUCCCCCCAGCAUCAAAACUAUCAAAUGUCACCCACUCGAGCAGCCAACAACACAACCACUACGUAUCACCAGCAAGUAAUGGUGCCAAACAAUGUCCAUCCUCAACACCAGCAUCUUGUUGAACAAAAUGGCUGUACGGAAAUAACCGGAACAGCGACCAUUUACUUUCCAAUUCAAACGACAGCCCCGCCGGGGAGCCACCAUGUUGGCAUGCCUGUGGCGGCCGCAGCAGCAGCAGUUCAUUACAAUCACCAGCCUCUUGUCAAAUAUCACACAAUUCAGUUACAACAUAAGAAAUCAAUGGCGGGCGGUACGGCGACGACAGGCGCAACCACGAUAGCGGGAUCGACAAUUUUCGAACAACAACUGCCAGGACACAUGACAGUGGGGACAGGAAUGACAGCGCUAACACUGCCACCACCGCCACACUACCAAACGGCCACCGUACAUGGCAUUCGGCGUGCGAAAUUCCUAGCGAAACCAAUGCCGCAGGAGAUCAAUACUCUGCUGGCUGAAAGUGAUAUCUCGUGCAGGCAUGAUGUUUCCACGAACCAACAGAGUAGCAGAGCGGGCAGUGAAAGUGGAAACUCUUCUUCUACACCCGGAAGUGUCGACAUCAUGGAAGACGAGGAAGAGAACGAACAAAACCGAAUGGGAUGUCCUCAUGGAACCCCAUCACGAGUGCCACUUAUAUCAUCAUCCCCUGGAGGUAGAAAAAACCUUUUGGGCCAAGAUAGCAGCAAAUCCAACCUCGAUACACGAAAGACUUCUUCAGUCAGUGUUGGCAGUGGCAACAAUGGCAAUGGGCAGCAACGCAGGAGAGUUCGGCUAAUGACCACAAACAACUCAAAGGGAAGCCGUAAAAACAAUUGCUGUUUGGACAGCAGUUGUAAUCUACAUACGGACCCUGCAACGACAGAGGAUGAAGACUUCGAUGACGACGAGGAUGACGACGAUGACAAUUGCAAUGAAGACGACGACGAGGAUGGAAUCCCACAAGUGCCAAUCACCAUUGUACUGUUGAUCCUGGUGGCCUAUAUCUGCCUGGGUACUGUGAUCUUUGCAUUGUGGGAGAAUUGGAGUCUCAUCGAUGGAGCGUACUUUUGCUUUGUCACCCUCUCGACCAUUGGCUAUGGCGACUUUAUGCCCGAGCACACAUUCCAAGGGCCAAAUGUUCAGUUGUUUGCUUGCUGUGCGUAUUUGCUGCUCGGAUUGGUCCUGGUAGCAAUGUCCUUCAGCAUAUUGGAAACACAACUAAUGUGGAAAUGUAAACGUAUUGCUGUGAGAUUAAAGCUGGCCCGUAACGACUGAUGGUUGAAAGAGAUGGUUAAAUAUUCAUAAAGAGGGAAAGAGAGGUAGAAAUUGAAAAUUAUUACUGUAAAUAUGGUUAUACAUAUAUCUAUGAUAGAGGUAAAAUAGCUUAAGGACAAUUUCUUGCUUUUGAAUUAAAUAUUUGUAAAAUGAAUAAAUAAAACUAAUUCAAAUCGAAGAUGUAACAUGUGACCACAUGCGCAUUUAAGUGGCUCAAAUAAAAAUGGCAUACAUUAACUUGAAAAAGAUGUCAUUAACUGUAAUCUAUAGGAUAAUGUUAUUGUAAGAAAAAAAAAAAAACAUAAAAUCAACUAGGAUUUAAGGUAAUGCGAUAAUAAAUCAAAACGAUUUUUCAUUGAAAGUAAUAC